AUGUGGAAUCUGUCGGGGACACAUGAGUUCAUUGAUAUGGAGAACGAUUACUUUUUGUUUCGUUUUGCGGAUUUAAAUGACUACAACUUUAUUUUGGAGGAAGGGCCUUGGAUUGUGGCAGACCAUUAUGUUUCUGUUCAACGGUGGCGGCCAUUAUUUGAUCCUUACGAGGACAACCUUAAAAAAUUAGAUGUUCGGAUCCGUAUUUCGGGGUUACCUAUGGAGUUCUAUACCUCCCAACAUUUGCGGAACAUAGGUGAUCUAUUUGGGAAAACACUGAAGAUUGAUAGGAACUCUAUACGUAAAAGUGAUGCUGGUGAUGGGGUUGUUACGGAAAGGGCCAAGUUUGCGCGUAUUUGCGUAGAAGUAGAUCUCAGUAAAGGCUUCUUGUCUAAAUUCAAUCUCAUCAAUAAGGUUUAUACGGUAGGGUACGAAGGCCUUCACAUGAUCUGCUUUGCAUGUGGUAAGUAUGGGCAUAGGCGUGACACUUGUUCUUGGGUUUCGGUGUCAACCGAUAGUCAUUCUCACCAAAAGGAUGUCCGUGCAGAGGUUGUUAACAAUGGUGUCAGGCGUGAGAUGGCAGAAGGUGAAGCUUUUGGUUCUUGGAUGAUUGUCCAAAGGAGUCAACGGGGAAGGAAGGCAAAAGCUACCAUGGAGACAGCCGCAAUCAAUGCUACCGCAAUCAAUGCAGCCGGGAAUCAGGGGUCAUCUGUUACAACUGGCCAAAGGAGAAUUAAUGCUCAAGGAAUAAAUCAUUAUGUUUCACGUCCAGCUUAA